AUGGGCGUUCCACCUUUUAUGCGUGAGUUGGAUCUCGACGCCAUGCAUGCCCCCAAGUUUCCGAAAUAUGCAAACAUAGGAAUUGCUGAUCCUGAGGACGGAGAGUUCCGGAUUGGAAUGGAGUACAGUUCUAGAAAGUCGGUCAUCGUAGCAAUUAGAAGUUUCACUAUAUCUAGAGGAGUUGACUAUGAUGUGUGUGAGUCUGAGCCACAGACGUUCUAUGCAAAAUGCAAGAUGUACGGGCGUGGAUGUGACUGGCUUAUCCGAGCCAGCUUGAUACAGAAAAAAGGUUGUUGGGAGAUACGCAGAUACAACGGUAGGCACACGUGCACGAUCAGAAUGAUUUCACAAGAUCAUUCCAAGUUAGACUCGGAUACAGUUGCUGAGGCUAUAAGGCCAUUGGUCGAGACGGACCCGUCCAUCAAGGUAAAAUCUAUAAUUGCGGAAGUUCAGUCAAGGUUCAACUAUACCAUCAGUUACCGAAAGGCUUGGUUGGCAAAGCAUAAGUCCGUUGCCAAAGUUUUCGGUGGUUGGGAGGAUUCUUACCAAGCCUUGCCAUGGUGGCUCUCGGUCAUGGUGCAGAAGAUUCCUGGUUCAGUUGUCCAAAUAGAAACACGUCCACUGUACAAUGGGAAUGAGGAGGCACAAAGUGUAAAAAUACUUCAUUGUGUAUUUUGGAGUUUCAAUCCAUGCAUUAGGAAAUUCAGGCAUUGCAAGCCCCUGGUUCAAGUUAACGGCACACACCUAUACGAAAAAUACAAAGGUACACUUCUAGUCGCUGUUGCACAAGAUAGGAACCAGAACAUUGUGCCUAUCGCCUUUGCCUUGGUGGAAGAUGAGACAGCUGAUGUGUGGCACUUCUUUCUCAGGAAUCUGCGAACGUAUGUUGUUAGAAAAGACAGUGUGGGUAUGAUCUCAGACCGGCAUGAGUCAAUACGGGCAGCAGUUAAUCGUUCCAGUGGUGACUGGCAACCUCCAAGAGCAUGGUGGAUGUUUUGUAUAAGACACAUCGGUAGUAACUUCUUAAGGGCAUUCAAAGUCCCUCACUUGCAGAAGCUUGUUGUCAAUAUAGGGUAUUCAAGAACAGUGGAAGAGUACAAUAUCAACUAUAAGAGGUUGGAAGAGCGAGGCGAGGCAUAUGCCAGGUGGUGCGAUGCCAUCGGACUCAGACAUUAG